AUGCUUAAGUUUAUGUUUGGUGCUGCACAGCCCCAAGGUCUUGGGGUGACUGCUGGCAAACUUAAACGAGUGCCUCCGUCGCCUAAUUGUGUCAGCAGCCAAGCUGAUCCAUCUGAUGUAACGCACUACGUUGAGGGCAUCAAAUACACUCAGGCAUCAGCGAAAGACGCGCUGACACAUAUGAAAAAAGCUAUCGGUGACGAUGCGGAGCUAGUUAAAGAUGCUGAGGACGAGUCAUAUCUGCACUACGAGUACACUACGCCGCUCAUGGGAUUUGUCGAUGAUUUGGAAAUCUACGCUGAUGAUUCCACAAAGACACUGCAUGUGAGAUCUGCCAGCCGUACUGGUUACAGUGACAUGGGCAAGAACCGUGCCCGAGUUGAGGACCUACGAACAAAGCUCAGCAAGUAA